CCAGAUAUCGAUUAUCAAUGGUACCUGUUUACCAACUGUCUAUCUUGCGGUAUAUGAAAAAUUAUAAACAAGCUUAUUGCGCUUUCGCAAACGGCAAGAAAUUAAAUAGUUCCAAUUACUUUUCGCUUAAAAUGACAAAUUUACCUCCACGCAAAGUUUCUUCAUCCAGUAAAGCAAAACAAGAUGCAUCUCCCCUUCAAAUCCUCUUGCAAAUGAGUUUUCCUAGACAUCGGGCGUUGAAGGCUCUAGCAGCUACCGGCAAUCGAAGUGUCCAAUUGGCUUCUGAUUGGCUCUUAACUCAUGUUAAUGAUGCAUUCAUUGAUUCUGAUGAACCGAGGGAAUACAUUUUCUAUGCAAGCCCAACAGGAGCUUUGCUGGCCCAACUUUUGGAGUUCUGGGAUAAAUCUAAAUCAACAUGCGGGUGGAACGGAGCUCACAAUUUUCCACCACAUAUUACUUUGGUUUCGUUUUUUAAGGCACCAGAUGAGACAUCACUGCAACUGGCAAAGGCCGUCAAACAUGUAGUGGAGAAUGUGGGGGAUCCACCCAGUUGUGCACUGAAGUUGGAGCCAUAUGUGUCACACAAUUUCAUGGGCCUGUUUGUGUCAGAUAAACAUGCUGAUUACUUGAGGAGGAUUGCUGUGCAGUAUGUCAAACAAGUGUCUUCUGUGUUGGGUGUUAUGGUGGAUACUUAUGAACAUUUGGAUGCGUUGGGAACAUGCUUUCCAUGGUGUACUAUGUCACAAGAGAAACCUAUAAAAUCAAUAAAUUUGGAGGCUCACGUUAAAUCGCUCCAUAUAACAUUGGCUUACCAUUUCGAUGUGACUGCAUACGAUAACCUGAAAAACCUAGUGGAAGAAAUGCAGCCUGUGGAACAAUCGAAUUGGGAAUUGCGACUUUACUCUAGAGAUCCACGAUUUGCAAAUCAUCAGGUAUACAAAGUGACGCAGGGCUACACGCCUCAAGCCAGUGACGAACUUGAACUGGUGCUUGGCGAUUAUAUUUAUAUUGAAGAGAAAGAGUUCGACAACUCGCCAGACGGCUGGGUGCACGGCACUUCUUGGCUUACAGGCGUUAGCGGUUUCCUACCGGCUGUGUACACACGACGCACGGCCGAGUCUGACGCUUGGACGCUGCACAGAGCAGUAUCGCUGGGAAACAACAAUUGCUCGGAUUGUAAAUCGGAAUCUGAUUCGAACACUGACGGAGAGAUGGCGAGCAAUUUCCCGCACGAAGACGCGAGCAAGUUGGGCUACGAUAAGUCGGAAGACACUUACAAGGAGUGGGACAAAUACUGGAACGCAGUGCAGAUGGCAAGAGAAGACGGGAUACUCAAUGUGACGCAAGGUAAUAUCAUAGAUUGGAAAAAUGAUUUGUCCCAGGAGGAGAAGGAAGCACGCAAAAUGUGCCCUGAGAACAAAAAUCGUCGUUGGAUAUUCGCCAUGAGGCAUGGCGAACGAGUGGACCUCACUUACGGCCCGUGGGUCAACUUCUGCUUUGACGACAGCGGCAAUUACACAAGGAAAGAUCUCAACCUGCCACUUAAAUUGGGCGAGAGGGUGGGCGGCGCGGAGUCGUACGCGAAGGACACGCCGCUGACGCGCGUGGGGCAGCUGCAGGCGCAGCUGGUGGGCGAGGGGCUGCGGCUGGCCGGCGUGUCCGUCGCGCACGUGUACGCCUCCGCCGCGCUGCGCUGCGUCGAGACUGCGCACAACUUCCUUAUAGGAUUGCAGGGUGAUCCGUCCGUGAAAAUUAAAGUGGAACCCGGUUUGUUCGAGUAUAAAAUGUGGCACAUGGCAAAAGGAAUGGCGCCAUUCAUGACUCCUCUGGAACUGCACAAAGCGGGAUACAACAUCGAUCUCAGUUACAAGCCGUACUUCGAUCUAGACACGACUACGAACGAGACCUUGGACGAGUUCUACGAGAGAGGCGAGAAAGUGAUGCAGUCUGCUGUUAAAGAAUCUGAGGCGGAGGGGGGCAAUGUAAUGUUCAUCGGCCACGCAGCGACGCUCGAUCAGAUGGUGCUAGCUCUGCAGAGGCUAGGCGACAAGUUCAAUUUCACCGGAUACAACAUCAGCAAGAACCUGCUGAAGGUGCCGUACUGCGCGCUGGCGGCCAUGCGCGACAAGCCGUGGGAGGUGGUGUGCCCUCCCUGCCCACCCUCUAUCAACUCCAGCUCGGGCAGGUUUGACUGGAAGAUGCUGCUUGACAAGUGAGACUCCAAUACAAGCGUGUGAAUGUAUAAAUCUAUUUUGGGACGCAAUGGUAUGUAAAGAUUUGAUUGUAAUAUCUUGCUGUUAUUUUGUAAUAUUGGUCCAUAUUGAAAUACACAAUGAUAACAGGAUAUUAUUAGAGUCAAAUUUAGCAUAGCUUAUUUAGACAAUUAUUAUCCAUUUUGACACAGUGGCCUUACUUACACUUUUAGUUGGUGUUUUCGUCGUUUCGCUUUUUAAUAUUUGACGUAAGGAAAUGAUUAGGUACACGGUGUAACCGAAACACCAACUGAAAAUGUAGUAAAGGAAUACAUUCAUGCGCUUACAAAUAAUUAGUUCAAGGUUUCUUACCUAGUUCUUCAUAAGACAUAUCUAAAUCGAAAUCAUUUUAUAAUGUUAAUAAAUAAUUAUGUAAAAUCAUAAAAUCAAAUAUUGUUACAAAUAGUUUGCAAAUUACGUUUGACAUUCCUUAGAACGUAACUUGUGUUAUACUGUGGCUGUUUAAAUAUCAUUUAAAUAAAUGUAGUAGUAAGUAAUUCCGAUAACGAGACCUGAUUUAUGGUUUAUUACUGCCUUAUUUGUAAAGGUAAAGUUGUUUAGAUAUAAUUUUUACCUGAAGUAAUCUGAUGAGACACGCAAUAGUUAAGUACAGUGUUAAAUAUGUAUGAAUAGAAUCAUUACGAAAUAACUGUUUACAAACAUACUAAUGAAAAGGGCACCGUGUGUUACUAAUGCUGGGGCCACAUUUACAUUUAUUUAUAUUGAAAUGAAGCGUGGGUAGACACAACAUGACUCAUAUAUUGCAGUAUUUUUACAUCUACUAUUUAUUAGACUAUUAGUGUUGGCCACAAUUUGAUUAAUUCUCGUACACUUACAGUCUUACUUAUAAACUUGUUUUAGCAUUAAGAAGUGGUUCAGAGUUGCUUAAAUAGCCUCAAAAAUAUCACUGGUUCCUAGUUUAAACAUAAUUAAGAGGAAAAAUGGCGGCUUUUGACUUACACCUAAUUGAGUAAAUAUGUGUUUUAACUGAGCAUAGCUUUGCGAAAUUUUUAUAAGUAAAACUGAUAAGGUGUAAGUACAAACUGUACUAGAAAUGUUUAGCAUUCAGACCAUUUUGAACCUUCCAAUCAGGCUGCUAUACUUAUAACUUAUAUAACUUGUUAGUGAGAAUAUGUUCCUGUAGAAAAUCACGCCUUGUUGCAACGAUUUCUAAAAUUCAGUAUCAAAAUAUUGCUUUGUAAAAAAUGGUGUAGAAUGUGUUUUAAUUCAAAGUUUCAUCUGUUUAUUUUAAAUAUGUAAUGUACCUGCCCUUUCAAGUUCCAACACAUUAUAUUUUCAUUCUAGUCUGUGCAGCAAGCUUUUGUAUCAUUGGUACUCAACCUUUUCAGCUUAUAAAAUAAACGUCAUGAACCUAGCUAAUCCAUCUAGAUAACAGAAUUUAACGUACACAUUAACGAAAUAUUAUGGUAUUAGAUUUAAUGCUAUUUUAGGAAAAAGGCAAUGUCUCGACAAAUAGGUUGAGUAUCUCUGAUCAUAAUUAACUCCUCAUACAACAGUAUAUUUAUUUGUCGCUUAAAUAUAUUGGACAAUACUGGAAAUAGAAGUGUCUUGUUAUAAAAACUAUUGUAUUUUCAUGUUCAUGCUGUGUUCUAGCUUAUAAUGUUUAUUAUAAAUGUACUUAAUAUCAUAUUUUAGCGGGAAGUGUGUUUACUUAUUUUGAUUUAUUAGCUAACUGAGACUAGACAAAUUUAUAGACAUUAUACAUUAUAAUCAUGGUAUUAUGGUAAUUAUUUUUAGUUGAAUACUAAAAUAUCAGCCUAAGCUGUAUUUUAUGUUUUCUAUUGAAAUAUAGUAAACAUAUGCUAUUUAAUUUGUGUAUGUAAUUAAUAUCGCCAAUGUUUGCCGAAACUGGAUCGAUAUUAAAGAUUUACGAAGCUAGUAAUCAAUCCGCUUCCCGCGUUUGUGUUUAGAGGUACCUGUGUUUUAGCAAAUUGUUUUCUACUAAGCCUUAUUAGACUGAUUAGAGAUAUAAAUACAAUGCUUGAGUAAGAAUGUUGACAUUAUAUUGGUAUUAUAACUGACAUAAUAAAAUUCAGAAUUAAA